AUGAGAGAGAGACGAGAGAGAGACGAGGAAGAGACGAGGGAGAGACGAGAGAGAGAGCAGAGAGAGAGAGAAGAGAGAGAAGAGAGACGAGGGAGAGACAAAAGAGAGACGAGGGAGCGACGAGGGAGAGACGAGGAAGAGACGAGGGAGAGACGAGGGAGAGACGAG